AUGAGAACUAUCACGCUGCUGACCUUGCUGUUCGCCGGGAGCAUCCUGCUGAUAGCCGGCCAGGAUUCUUCGUUCAAGUUCAACUCCGAACGAUUUCCAACCAGCAUCGAGGAGAUCCCCGCCCUGUCCAAUGGAAACCUGGGCUUUGCAGUGCACAGCGAUGACGUAUUUCUGACCGGAGUCUACAGCGGACUGGGCGAGCGAAGCCACCGUGCUCGACUGCCAAACUACGGCAAUCUGCACAUCGACCUUUGCGAUCCACGAGCGGCCGUUCAACCGCAGUGCACGUACCAGCUGGAUAUAGAAUUUGGACGGUUUCGAACGGUGUACCAGGAACCGAAUGCGCAGUUCAGGAUUGUCCAUGACGUGUAUCCUCAUCGCUACUUCGACCAUACGAUGGUAAACAACUUCCGGUUGGAGCGGUUGAACGGGCAGGGUGCGCUUUCGGCGAACGUCCGAAGAAUAGCUCCAGUACCAAGCACGGAUAUUACACUUGGAGAAGCUCGGCCGAUUGUUAUUCGGAAUCGUCCCUUCCUAGGGCAGUGCGGUACGACAAACGAGGUGGAAGAUCUGACGCUUCAAAACACGCUGAGUGAGGUGUGCAUUUUCUACGAAGAGUAUCCGACGGUGCUGGAACUGGGUGCUGGAGAAACAGUCCCAGAUGUGGAAUCGUUGGGGAUCACGGUCGAGGGCAAUGCCGAGCUUGAUCGAGCGCUUCGUGCCAGUGCCUUCCAGAUAUUCAGCAACUAUCCCAGUUCCGUCACCUCGCAAGCGUUCGCGUACGAAAUGUUUGGAAUAUCUUCGUCGGGACUCGGACGCGACGCCCGACAGGGUCACAACUUCUGGGACUUUGAGCUGUGGACGUUUCCGAUGAUUCUGUUGGUUGACCCGUUCUUGGCUCGGGACAUGCUUCGGUAUCGCAUUCAAACAACUCGAGCUGGAGCGGCUCGUAACGCCGAGCUCAAUGGAUUCGAUGGCUGGCAAUACCCGUGGGCUUCAGCGUUUACCGGCAUUGAAGUAGCAUCUGCGGCAGAGUCCGACCUUCGAUAUCACGUGACGGCCGAUGUUGCCUUUGCCGGGCGCCUCUACAUGACCGCCAUGGAUGAUCUGGCAUGGUUUCAAACCCAUGGCUGCACUCUGGCUUACGAAACUGCCAAGUUUUGGAUGAAUCGUACCGUCUACAACCAAGCUACCGAUCGCUACGACAUCUCUUCGGUUACGGGUCCGGACGAUUCGCAUCAGAACGUGACCAACAACGUCUACACAAACGUUAUGGCUGCCCACAAUCUGUUCUUCGGAGAAUUCGCCGGUUGCUACUGUAGGUUCGAUCUAAAUCUUCAAGACGGUGACUGGCAAGAACUGGCCUCCACCGCCAGAAGUAUUCGUCUACCGUACGAUCCUACCACGAACACCCACCCUCAGUUUGAGGAAUACACCGCCGGAACUCCGAUCAGUCAAGCCGAUGCCAUACUGCUUGGAUACCCGCUCCAGCUACCGAUGACGGAGUCGACCAAACGAAACAACAUGGAGGCCUACGCCAAGGUCACAGCCGCCAACGCUCCGGCACCGACCUGGUCCAUGCACACGAUCGGAUGGCUCGACGUGGACAACCUGGAACGUGCCGCCACGGAUUUCAGCAAAAACUACCAACAAUUCAUGCGAGCCCCCUUCUACAUCUGGAACGAGCGAAUCGAACCAACCGUCGGAACUCCAAACUACGUCCCAGGUGCCGGAGCCUUCCUGCAAGCCGUCGUCAACGGGUACGCCGGAGUUCGACUGCACACCGAAGAAAUGACGCUGCGGCCACGACUGCCACCGGGAACGACCCGGCUUCACAUCCCACAGAUUGGUUACAUGCGGGCCAACUUCGCUCUUGAUAUCCGUCCGAAUGGAUUCACCCUAACGUUCCAACCGGCCGUGAUGAAUCCCCAGAUUCGAAUCUUCGUAGACGACGAAGAACAUCCCGUGUGCAGCGGUUGCAGCUUUGAAGGAACACACAACGCCACGCUGGUGCUGGCACGAUCGAGUCCCGUGUUCAACAACUGCAGACUGCAGCCGACCGUGCUGAACAGGAACUUCCGGAACGGAGGUACGGCUAGCAGCGUUGCCGGAAGUUUGGUAACGUUUUUCGGAGUGGUGGCAGCGUACGUGAUUUCGAAGCUGAUUUGAGGUGGAGUUUGAGCAGUGAGAGGAUUGUUGUUGUGAAAUUAUUAUUUUUCGAAUAAAUUAUGUUUUGAUUACA